GGCAACAAUUCUCUGCCUUAAUUUUCUUUUCUCAUUUCGAUUUUGUGCUUGUUGGGGAGGUUGGCGCGUGCGCAGACGCAGGCACCGUGACCGUCCGAUCCGCUUUUUCUAAUCCUUCCACGCUUUCCCUUCGCAGGCGAGGAACUUCUUCCGGUAGCUGCCCGGAACCGGCAAUUGCGAGGCGGGGUUUAGAGGGAAGCGAUGGCGGCGGGAAGUGGGGGAAGCUGCCUAGAUGCGCUGGGCCCUGGGGAGCUGCUGUCGGCGGCUCACGCCCUCUCUCUGCCAGCCGAGGCCUACGGUAACGAUCCUAACAUUGAGAUGGUUUGGGCCAUGAAGGCUAUGCAGCAUGCUGAGGUUUAUUACAAUUUGAUUUCUUCAGUUGACCCCCUGUUCCUAAGACUCACUAAAGUGGAUGACCAGAUUUAUUCAGAGUUCCGGGAGAGUUUUGGAAAACUCAAGAUAGAUGUGUUGGACCCAGAAGAGCUCAAAUCAGAACCAGCUAAAGAAAAGUGGAGACCAUUUUGCAUGAAGUUCAAUGGUAUUGUUGAAGAUUUCAAUUAUGGUACACUGCUGCGGCUGGAUUGUACUCAGGGAUAUAGUGAAGAAAACACCAUCUUUGCUACCAGGAUACAGUUUUUUGCUAUUGAAAUAGCUCGGAACAGGGAAGGUUAUAAUAGAGCUGUUUACAACGGUGGUCAGCAGAAUGGAGCAGCAGAAAAAGACAGUACUAUGCCCAGGUAAAGGCUGCAGGAGCUAUCAGUCUUUCAGAUCACUGAAUCUAAUAUCCAAGAGAACUUGCAGAAACCUUUGUGGAUUAAAGAGGCAUCAUCAUUUGC